CAGGAUAUUGUGAAAGGGUUAUGGAGAGUCGGUGUUUCAUCCUGUAUACCCUCCUCUACUGCUUUUACAGGCUUAUCUGAGAUCUGUAUACUAUCAUAGCAGACUGUCAGUGGGUGGAAGUAGCUGGGUGUCCUCCAUAACCGCGUGUUGGCUCAAGACAAUCCGACGUCAUGAGCUUGUUUGGGACCAGCACUGGGUUUGGCGCAGGGGGAUUCGGAGCUGCAACCACGGACACACACAACCCAAUGAAGGAUGUGGAAGUAACCUCACCCCCAGAUGACAGCAUCAGUUGCUUGGCGUUUAGUCCCCCUGCCAUGCCAGGGAACUUCUUGAUAGGGGGGUCCUGGGCCAAUGAUGUGAGGUGUUGGGAGGUACAAGACAAUGGGCAGACAGUCCCCAAAGCCCAGCAAAUGCACACAGGUCCAGUCCUUGAUGUCUGCUGGAGCGAAGAUGGAAGCAAGGUUUUCACUGCAUCUUGUGAUAAGACUGCCAAAAUGUGGGAUCUCAACAGCAACCAGGCAAUACAGAUCGCACAGCAUGAUGCUCCUAUCAGAACAGUCCACUGGAUCAAAGCCCCCAACUACAACUGCAUCAUGACAGGCAGCUGGGACAAAACUCUGAAGUUCUGGGACACCCGUUCGCCCAACCCAAUGAUGUCCCUGCAGCUGCCGGAGAGGUGCUACUGUGCAGACGUGGUGUAUCCCAUGGCAGUGGUAGCAUCGGCAGAGCGAGGUUUGAUUGUAUAUCAGCUUGAGAACCAGCCGUCCGAGUUCAGGAGGAUAGACUCACCACUCAAACACCAGGUGACUGGUUUCACAUACCAGCACCGCUGCAUAGCCAUCUUUAAGGACAAACAGAACAAGCCUGCUGGAUUUGCUCUUGGGAGCAUUGAAGGGCGGGUCGCCAUUCACUACAUCAACCCUCCUAACCCAGCCAAGGAUAACUUCACCUUCAAGUGCCACAGGUCGAAUGGAACCAACACAACCACACCACAAGACAUCUAUGCUGUGAAUGCCAUCUCCUUCCACCCUGUCCACGGUACACUGGCGACUGUUGGGUCUGACGGUCGCUUUAGCUUCUGGGAUAAAGACGCUCGCACCAAGCUGAAGACCUCGGAGCAGCUGGACCAGCCAAUCACAGCUUGCUCGUUCAACAACAACGGCAACAUCUUUGCCUACGCCUCUAGCUAUGACUGGUCAAAGGGGCAUGAGUACUACAACCCUCAGAAAAAGAACUACAUCUUCCUGCGUAAUGCUACUGAGGAGCUGAAACCUCGGAAUAAGAAAUGAUGUGCCCUGUCUCUCCUGUUGUUUGCAAAAUGGAGGUUUGUCAAACGCACACGUGAUGCCUGCACGACUCUGUUCCUAUCCUGUGCCAACACCAAUGGUGGAGCUGCUGCUUGCAAAAGGACCAAUCACUGGAGGUCUUUCAUCUUCUUGGCAUUGGCCUGGAUCUCUGUCCCAGCCACAUGCAUCCAAAUAGGGGUUGGAGAGUGAGGAGAUGAUAUUGUUUUGUAAUAUCUGAUAUUUUAUUUUCUAUUGUCAGUAGCUAGGUUUCCAUCGAAUUGCUGACAGAUUUUUCAUGUGAAUAUUCUUAAAUCUGCUGAAACAAAAUCUGAAAACAAUGUGUGCAUUUUUCCACCAGAGAUGUUUCCAUCCAAUUGAUUUGUUGUGGGUAGAAAGAUGUGCUUGAUGGCAUAGUGCACAUACAAAUAACGUUUGUGGUUAAAUUCCCAUGUACCAAAUAAAAAUUACAAAUGAAAUGGGUUUCCAUUGCAUUUUCAACUCUUGAUUUUUUUAUAUUUUACCUUUAUUUAACCAGGCAAAUCAGUUAAGAACAAAUUCUU